AUGCUGUCCUCUACUGUCCUCUAUGGUGUGUCGGACUGUUUCAAGUCACAGGAUUGUAUUCGAGACCACGAACGACAGUCACCUCAAUUUCGGGCAUUCUCGACCAUGGAUCUGCUCAACAAGAAGUCGUACCGAACGAUGGCCUUGAUGCUCAAUUGGCCUAUAUUAUUGACAGCCAUGGGCGUUUGGGAUUUUUCCAGGAGCGUACGCCACUCUAUUCCGACCAGUCUUGGAAGCCAUACAGAAGCGCGUUCUCACUUGGAAGAGACUCCUGAACUGGCAGUUCUACACCAAGAAGAUUAUCUAUCAGAAAGACAAACCUCUGACAUCCCCUUCGACGCCUCCUCACCGUCCACUGCAUUGGCUAGUAACUUUCCUGCUAUGUACACCGGGCCACACCAGUCUGGUGCAAGCGACAAAACUUCUUUCUCAAGUUUUCACUCUCUUGGAGAAGGGAAUGCGGGUAUCCUCAACACGCACAACGGAUUGGCGGUCAAUCGUCGGAGCGGAGCGGAGAGUCAGGAACGUCUUCCAUUGCAUCAGGUUGUUGGGGAAGAAAUCCAGUCGCACGUAUUCCGUCCAGGUUCGCAGAUAGUAUCUCCUCCUGACGCGUAUAUUUUGAAUCCUCCUUCAUCGAGCGCUCAUAUGGACAUAUCUGGAGAAGGGUCAUCGGAACAAUUUCAUGAUCCAUUCGAGAACACAGGGUACUACCGCGAAUUAUCUCAUGUGAUAAGCCAGCUUCCAGGAAUCAUGGAAGACUCGCCAUCCUGGCACGGCCAACUCAUGGGGCUACCUUCACCAGAGAUGAUCAGCUUGAAGCCGUAUCACGAAUGGAGAACACUCGAGGCUCAAAACAGCCCCACUGGUCACGAUCAUCCCGUUGCAUCAUUAGAGUUCGAAAAAGCAUCCCCAGACUAUCAACAUGCUCAUCAUCGCAAACUUUUCCAAGAUCACUCAUCCGAAGAACUGCCCAGCUCACCUCAUAUACCAGCUUCUGAUGGUCAUGAUCCAUCCACUGCAUUAAGUGCUCACACGUCUCCGUUUCCAACUGAGUCUCAUCAUGCCAGCCCCACAAGAAAUGAAUUCGACGCAAAUGAGAUAAAGUACGCCGAUGAUCCAUCCAAUUCUGAAGGGUCGUCUCACAGUUACAGUGCCACGACUCCCCUCUCUGAUUCACAUGAUGAAUCGUCAGAAGAAUCAUCCAGUCACUUUCUUGGCAAUGAAGCACGGGCAAGCUCUGCACUGGUAAGACCACCAAAUGCGCGCGAAUUACGGAGCGAAAUUAAGAGUCCGGGUCACAGCACAAGCUACCAAUAUGUCAAAAUGAAAAGCAAUAAAGUGGAGUGGAGUCAGGCCAACUCAGUUGAACAGAAUUCGGACCAAGAAAAACAGAGUUCGAGCUCUCAAGACGCAAAACUACCUUCUCGGGAUGUGAGGAUAAGCCUUUCAAGACCCGGACAGCUCAAGGCCCCACAUCCAACUUAUCAAGUCAAUCUUCAACGUUCCAAGCGAACAUAUCAUCAUGAUCCUUUUUCAUUCAAUGGGGAUGACGAAUCCACCCAUCAAGCAACAAAGUCUCGCCGACUUACGCAGACCAAAAUUCAUGUUCUGGAAUCAUCUACGCUUCCGAGUUGGCAGUUAUCAUGGUCUCGAUCUAAGCCCCGUACUGCUCGCGGGCCGCGUCCUGGAAACCCCGCUGUCUUAAAAUCUGAACAACCCCGAAUAGAUGCAACCAAAUUUGAAGGCACUUUUGAUCUCGAUAGAUACUACUCAAAGAAAAAUGCUCUCGAAAGAUCUUACUCACGAAGUCGGACUCUUGCAAGAUCGGAAAAGGUGGCACUCGAAUCACCUACCCUAGAUCGUUCAAGACAAGCACGUGCAAUGAAUAUAGGGAUCGACUUUCAACAAAAAACGAUUUCCUCAAAAUCCCAUCUCGCUACUGAUCCAUUCCUAGUUAAAGCUCCAAAGCCAUCUGGCCCGAUGAAGAAGAGAACAAAAGCCAUUCCUCGCUUGGAAGCUGUAAAUCCACGACCUGAAGGAUACGUUGAUGACAACCGUCAUCAAUUGGUAUCAAACUCGAAUGAAGAACCACUGUUGUCCCGCGCUUUGAUGGAUACGUACAAGCCUCAAAUUCAAAAAUUUCUAGAAUCAAUAGAGCACAAAGAGGCUAACAAGGAUUACGCGCAAUUUCUCGUCGAGAAUAUGGAGAAGCUAUGGGAUAAUUAUCUGGAGAUGAUCACAAUAUGCUCUGAAAUCGUCGCAGAGCGCGAUAUCAAAACAAACAUGGAGCAAGAUCUGAUCGAUGCGUACAAGUGGAUCGCAAUACGGUGGAAAGAGAUUCCCGGUACUCAUUUCGAUUGGCUACCACUUCCUGGAUUGAAGUAUCCACCUGGUAAAUUGUACGAACGCGAUGCCUUCACUCCACAUUUCGAAACUCUCCCCGUAUACGAGGGUACCAUAUAUUGGUUAGGUCAUCGAAUGUUCAAGCGAAGACGUGAACGCGUGGCUGGUACGCACAUAUUGUAUUUCAUGCGUGAAAAGCGACCCCACUGGAUCAGAGUCUUAACUCCUAUCAGUGCUCCAGAACUAUUGGUUAAAACAUUGUUGAUUGCAAUCAAAAGGGUAAGAAAAUUAACAUUUCCUAGUCCCCGGCCGUAA